UCGCAGGCGGCUUUUCGUUCUGAUGACCUUGAUCCCCAAACCUGAUAAAAUGAUCAGUAUUGGACGCCUAAUCGAAGGCAUUGUACCGGUUAGAGUUAGUGGCAAGGUAGACUCUGUUUUCACUAUAUAACCAGAACUUACUAGUGGAAGAAAAAGCUCUGCGCGCUUGAGAGACCUGCAACAUUUAUAAACUCACUAAAGUUAUUCGUAUUUAACGACGAUGGGAGCAUAUGUCGAUGCCAAGAUGUUCAUGCCUACAUUCUUGGAGUAGACUCUAAGCAUGACGGAGUAAUUAUGUUCGUAUGUACCUACAAGUUACGUUGUAUAUCAUUUCGACAUUUCGAGGAGAUGACUAAAUGGGAUGACAUAUUAAAAGCUAAUUUGAAAUGUUCAUAUUUUCAUGCCGAUUUGAUUGUUGCUCCUAGAAACAGCAUUUUGUAUAGUUAUGCACGUCAUAGGAGACGUUUUCCACUCAUUCAACGACCUAAAAACCAGAUUUUCUCAUCUUUAAGAAAAUUAUAUCCUACAUUAUGCAGUAAUUCAAGCGAUGGCUAUUUACAUGUGACACGUGAUCGUAUAUGUUUCACUACGGGUCCAGGUUGUUCCCAUCCUCGUCUCUUAGCAACAUGGACUUUUGAUAAUGAUGAAAUAGUGCAGUGUGGUACUGCCCGUGUUCAGAACGCUGUAAGAGGAAGCUUCACUGACCCUCCAUCACUCUUUUUUCUCACUGCCUUCCCUGAUCACCCUGAAGCUCCUGGAAGUCACCUUUUCCUAUCCAACCGUGCUACUGACUUAUGUGAUAUGAUUGAACAUACUAAUCAAGCCGCAGUUUAUCAAGCAGACUGGAGACGCCUAACUUGUUUAGCUUCACUUAUCGAUCCCUCUGAUUGCUCUAAAAAAUGCGAUUCUGACCAGACUAUUUCUUUAUGUAAUCCUAUCCACCCUGUUACCAGUCGUGUCUACUCAAAUUCGACUCAAAAUGCUGCGAUCAUUUCUCCUACCAAAAAUCUGGAUAAGUGGGUUAAUGAUGAAGUUCCUAUGAUAGAUUCACCGCCCUCGUCCAACAAACUGACUACCAGGAAUACUGUAGCACAGAUGAAGAUUAAUUCAGAUAAAAGUUCAAAAAAAGUAAAGGAGGAAAUUCAUGUUGAUUCAGUCAAUGAUAGAAAAAAAUGGUGGGUGUUGUUGAUUAUUGUAAAUACGUUUAAAGUUCAUGAUAUUAGUUAUCUGUAUAUACAAGAAUUCCAGAAGAAAACCAGUUGAAAAAUAGAGUACGAACGUAUAUUAGAGUCAUCAGUUAUUAUAAACAUGGACUAAUUUACCAUAGCAUAUUAGCACGACGAAAUGAAAUUAGCAAGCUAAAUAACAAAGGAGAUCGAAAUAAUGUAGUAGCAAUGGAAAUGGGACAGAUUAAGCAUUGAGAUUAUUGUUUAAAAAGACAGUCGAAAAAUACGUAUGACGGUAUCUUAGCUUCAUUCACUGACAGUGUCCAUGUGUAUGUACUAUCGAGGAGUCGCAAACAGUGGCGAAAGCACUUUAUUGUCUCUGAUUUACAAUAGUUCGCCAUCUAAAGUCAAUCCUUGAUGAAAGCAAGAAAAUUGAACUAAUAUUCAUAGCUCAUCAAAAUAACACAUUGUUAAUGUUUAGGCAGAAGUGCGGUGCUGCAAUGCACUUGAUUAUCAAUCAUAAAAUUAUGUCUGUCUUUGAAAAUUUUAGUAGUCUAAUGUUUUACUAACUAUAUGUCCAUUUUCAAAUGUCUGCGUACGUGUUUUGGAUACCAUAUUUCAACUCAUUUGAACGAAAAGCUCAACAAACAUUGUGCAUCAAAUGUAUCGCAAACAUAUGUACAAUUAUGUUUGUAAUAAUCUCAGCAAUCAAAAUUCUAAGUAAUUCAAAAGUUCCACCCAGUAGUCUGCUUGAAGCCUUUAUAGGAAGAUGGUCAAAAUUAUCAAAAAUAAAUAAGGUUGAAAUCAGUUUUAUACUAAGCAUCUAUCCAAUCAUGUUUAAAUGGUUAUUUAGUAUUAGUAUUAAUCGGGAAGCGUAUGUAACAAGAGAUUUUGGGAUUCAAUAUAAAAGUAAGAUAUGGAAUGAAUGCAUCUGGGUCAUUGCGAACGAUUUAGCUCCAUGUCAUCCAAAGCCUCCAAUCACUAAUCGUGGUUAUCUCGUGGACCCUAACCUACAUUUCUCAAACCAAUAGUCAGUGAAUUCAUGAACUGACUUCAUGUUUUGAUUUGGCCGCCUUAGAUCUCUUUUAAUCUACUCCUACACUAGCAACCACCACUUAUCAGGGUAAUUAGUGAAUGGGUAUACGUGAUGCAUAUCUUAACAAGUCAGUCGGUGAGGAUUCACUACCUUUCUAAAUUCAUGCCGAGAUUUCGUCAGACAUCAAUCAAUGAGGGGCGAUAAGAUUCUCAACAAAAGUGAAGUGGCCAGCGCAGUUAAAUACUUCACUGCAUAUCGCUUGUCCAUGUGUUGACGCAAACCGGUCCCGAAGUAAUGUUUUAGAUUUAAAGGGAGAGAAACAUAUCACAAACAUGUUUGCAUUGUUGCUCCAGGCAAUCAAGCGACGGCUUUUUUUGUCAGCGUCUUCAAUAAAUGCACCUACGUCUCAGCCGUAUUCGUAGUUAAUAAAUGUAACUCCUAAUAAGAAAUAAAGCCCUGAAAAGUUUGUUAAAGGUGUUAUUGCUAAUAUAAUAUCUAUCAAAAAGUUACAUAAAAAUGGAGAUAUUAGGCACCCCUGACAAACGCCGUUUAAAGAUGACAUGGCUUUAUAAACGCUGACUCAGUCAAUAGUUUCUGAGUAGACAGCCCUUUCAAGGAUUUUGGGCUUCUUUGGUAGGCCUUUCAAUGAUAAACAUUGCCACAGAACCUCUCUAACGACAUAAUCGCGUGCCACCUCAAGGUCUAGAAACUCUUUUCAGAGUCGAGUUCCUGCGAGUAUGCUUAUGUUCUAGCACCUGAUGAAAAGUGAAUAUUUGGUUUGCAUAUCCACAUUCAGGUCCAAGACUAGCUUGGUUUUCCAGGUUUUGCUCUUUACGGGCCCUAGGUAAGGGAUCAAGGCCUAUAAAACCUAAUAUUUCAGGCACUACAUUAGUUAACCUUUCAGAGCCUGUCGGUCUCCCUAGUUUUAGAUGACCUAUAUCCCUUCCAAAAUCAUUAAGAGUUGAAGAGUUUGUGUCGAUUUGCUAUUCAAGUUGAUUGGGCUUGGAGAGUAACUAAAGAGUAGCUGGAGGUCAAUUGGUCUAUUUCCUAGUGUUCUGCCCUUUUAUCUAAUCUAGAUUAAUAGUGAAUAAUAGUUCCAUCCUUUUCCAAGAUAGUCUCACUAACAUCUAUCUUUUUAAUACCCACUUUCAUAUUAACUCUGCUUUUCCCGUCUUCUUUACUUUCGUCGCCUACCACUGCUCACGAUCGUAGCAUAAACUUUUCGUUUUUUUAUAUCUGAGUUGUCGCUCUUCAUCGCUCUCCGAGCCUCUGUCAGUUUAGUGAAUGCCACCUGGUCUUUCCUAAGUUGCCGUUUGAUAUCACUGCUGUAUUGACAGCUGCCUGGAUAUCGUUCCCAGCUUCUUCAAGCUGGACCAUUCCUUUACUAUCGACUAGGUAUUUAGCUGAUACUUCCCUGAAUAUAUCUUUGACCUUUUCAUCUCCGAAAUAACAUCUAGCUGAUCUUCUUGCUGUAGCAUUCGUACGCCCAGUAAAACACCUGAAAAGUCUUGCUUUCACUAGUGCAUGAUCAAAUUCUAUGCGUACGCUCCAGCGUGAGCAGCAGUCUUCUAUCUAUCCUUCAACGAUGUCUGAUGGGAAUAUGAAAUAUUUAUGCCUAUUAUUGUGCUGAUAUUUGAAGUCGCUAGGUUAGACGGUGUCUUUAAGCACUCACCUUUCAACCAUUGUCUCAAGCUAGAGUACCUUACCAACCAUUUUGGUUUGUGGGAUCAAAUCGUAUCACUGGCUCUCAUGCAUGUGAUGCGUUGCCUAAAGGCAAGUUUAUAAACGUACCUGGCAAAUAAUGUUAGCUACCAUGAUAACCGAUUCUGCGAAUCUGAAUAAUAGCUAAUCUACUAAGUUAUGUGACAAAGGCCCUAUGGAUAAUAAAGAAAUAAUUACUUUUUGCUUGAGAGUAAUGAUAAGUUCACACUUUUAUCACAAACCUUCCCUUUUACAGUUAUUUCAAGUAGUGCUGAAAUUUACUUUUUCCCCCCAAAUUAUGUCAGGGUUUCUAUGCAUCCAAGACGGCGUUUGUCUAGCCAUCCUGUAGCAACAUAUCAGUGCACUUCUCUUAAUAGUAUUAAUGUAAGUCCUAUGUAAAUAUCAAUUAAAUCUUUAUUAGUUAGUAGAAGUUAAAUGAUUUCUACUUGUUUCUGCAUUAUAAGCCAUAUAAAUAUUAUCUUUUUUCAUUUAUCAGAGGAAUAAAAUGGUCACAUUAGCUUCGAUAUGCUUUUUGUAGUGUUUUUUAUAUUUCGUUAGUGCAGCUGUCUUCUUAGUUUUGUAGAUGCUGAAUAUCAUUUAGUAGAAGAUAUGUGGAUAGGGCAUCAUUUAAUUAUUUUCCUUACGUGUCUUUUUUAUUACUAUUGAAAGAGAUCUUUAUGUAUCUGGGUGUGAAUAUUUGCAUUCACUUAAGCCAGUAAUUGAUCUCAAGUCGAUCCAAGUUUGUUUAUUGCACUGGGAAACUUCAUGAAGAAAAUAUGUCUCACCUGUUUUCUAUCAAAUAUAUAGCAACAAAAUGUGAUAUACGAUAUGAUUGUUUGGUAUAAUCUGAUGCUUUACAAAUUGGAUGGAUAAUAUAGAGUAAAAAGUACUUAAUAUGGUCUUUAGAUUUUCAGCUUCAUCGCUCUGAACCCUUUUAGUAGACCAGCACUUUAGCUUUAGUUUCUUGGAGUACCGAUUUCACCUAUUAUUUAAGUCUGAGGUUACGAAACAUUACUGAAUAUUUUCACCUACAUAAACAUUUACAUAUUUGCCAUUUUUUAUCAAGUAAUUUUGAGGAUUGUGUAGAAGCUAAAAAUUUUGUUUCCUCGAUAACUAAGUAUCACUCCUAACCUGCAGAUGAAUGUCUGUUUAUUUUAGUUUUGAAACUUAUCCUACUGUAAUGAAGGUCUAAUUUGAUUAAAGCCUCUAAAUACCUUGGUACGGCCGAGGAUGGAAAGAGUCAGCCCUCCCUCUCGAAAUGCUCUCACAUUACCACGUGCAUACAACCACUGCCAGGGAAGUUCCACUUAUUGCCUUCUCGCGGUGGGGUGUUGUUUACGAAAUCGAGAAGACAAAAAGCGAAUGUCCGGCGCUUUAACCGGGCCAGUGGGUAUUGAGGAUUCACCUAGGGGAGUUGGAAAACCCUGAUUCCAAACCAAUGGCACACAUGGGCUCCACUAUCCUGAGGGAACAAAUGGCGUAUGAACCUACUGUUGGUCACCGGCUACCAUGGGACUACAUCUCUUGAUGUUGCCCCACUGCCUUAUGGAUCAGACCUUUAGGUCGAAGGCCCCAGGCGUGGCCCCCUAAGGAAACCACCAGUUUCGGUCUGGGCACCAGGGCAGAAUCACAGCCCACACACAAAUCAAGUGCCUUGUGUGGCGCAUAUCUAUUCGGUGCCCCUUUGUACCAAUAUUUUUCUGUAUUUAAAUAAAUAAAUAAUGCAACUUAAUGAUUACUUGUUGCAUCAUAGGAGAUUUUUAGAUUACAGGAAAGGUCAACUGUUAUAUUCUUAAGCCUCUUUCCUUAAACAAAUUGAAGUAUAGUAUACCAUUUUCUCUUUUUGCAACAGUUAAAAUGCUUUAAAUCACAGCAAGUCUUUAGCUCAAAAAUUAAUUUUCUCAAUGUAUUUACUCGGGCAGAUUUGAAGCAUUUUUCUGAAUUUCAUGAUAUGAUUAUUCAUUUUCUUUCGAUUCUUUAUUGAGCAAACAAAAGCUAACAUUGGAUAAUGUUCAUAUAAUAAAAGCAACAAGAAAAUGUGAAGUGUGUCAAAAUAUGAUUGAUGUAUAAAUUCAUUGUUUUCCCAGCUCAUAAAAUGUAGUGUUCAUUUCCAUACUUCUAUAUUAUUCCGUCAAUUGUUAGUUAGUAACAGCCUUUCUUAUUGUUCCUUUGAUACUUUUAAAAUUGAUAGGUCACUGUUAACCCCAAAUCUUAUCCAUACUCUGGUCACACACACUGUUUACGGGAAUGUAAUAUUUGUCACUGGAGAAGGUAAGUAAGGUGUUUAUAUUAUAUGAAAAUUAAUUCAUGACAUGUUGAUUAGUUUUUAAAAAGAAAUACCUAAUUAUGCAAACAGUUGUGCUGAAAUGUUCUAUUUCCAUCCCCACUUUAUAGCCACAACUUUAAGUCGGUACAUACUUUACCUAUUCAUUUAUGUCUUCAGAUUCCUCAAGAACUAUCCUUUCACAGUAAAGAUUGACAUAAGCUCUGUCCUUAACGUUGGUGUAACCAACGUAGCUAUUAAAAGUCAGCAGGCAUUACAAAGGAGAUCGAGGUAAUAAAAACAACAUAUACUAGCAUCAUGUUUGUUCAGGGAUUUCGAUAAUAUCUCCUUUGUUUGUAUUUGUACUUGGUUCACCCUGAUAUUAAUUUGGUGAGUUUAGAGUUACUACAUCUAACUGCUAACGUCUUAGUAUGAUACAAAGUGUAUUCCCGAAAAGAUCACAUAUAUACAAGUUUCAUGUAACGGUCAUUACGUGAUAUGUAGUAAUUUUUAUUUAGAUUAUCACAAACAACCUUGAUUCCUUGCUAGACUAAUUGUGAUCGAGGCAUAAAGAAACUUUAGGUCACAGGAACAUUUGAACCGGUAGCUUCUUAAUAUUAGUUUAUAUCAUAUCAACUAUAAGCAGGAGUUAGCGUAAUAAAAACAUAAGCUAAGUAAAAUUUUUAGUUUCAGUUCAAACAAUUACUCUUUAAAAGAUACGUCAUGUAUGUAAAGCAUCUCAAUUUCCAAUCAACAAUAUUUAAAAUGUGUAAAUGUUUCAGUCUCAAAUAUAGUUACUUCAAUAGGUCUCAAAGUCGUAAUAUGAGAUAUUGAGUCAAUGCACGUGGUUAUUAACUGAAGAUCCAAACAGUGUACUGAGCUGUCUGUAUCUAGUUUUCACAAUAUUAGACAUGAAUAAAACCCUUCAUGGUAUAUCCCAGCGGAACAGAUAGGCCCACUCAUUGUCUCACUUUGAAUCUCGGACAUCUUACUAUUUUUACGUAUCAGUUCUGUUUUUGAACUACAUACCAUCAUUUCGAUCCUAUUACUGGUUUAUCGUAAUUGUGCGAAGCUUAAAUGAUAUGUACUAUGUCGGGUUAAGUAUUAAACAGUAGUGAGGUUUCGAAACAGUCCCACCUACAAUUAUGGUUUAUAUUUUUGUUGUAUAAUUAUUUAGUACUUAAACUACCAUAUAUUUGUAUUCCCCUACAUGUAAGCUUUCGCUUGACUCAUCUACUGUCUUGUGUCUUAGCUUUCCCAAGUUAUUGUUAAUUUAUUACCAACCUAUCACUCAGUCCUCUUCCACUUAUGGCAAAGUUAUAACCAUUUUGUAAUUCCUUAAUUCUGUUGACAUAGGGUCAGAAUUUGGCUGUUUUUAUAUAAAUUCAAGCUUACAUACUUGCUGAGUUUAUAUUUAUUUAUUUAUUUAAAUACAGAAAAAUAUUGGUACAAAGGGGCACCGAAUAGAUAUGCGCCACACAAGGCACUUGAUUUGUGUGUGGGCUGUGAUUCUGCCCUGGUGCCCAGACCGAAACUGGUGGUUUCCUUAGGGGGCCACGCCUGGGGCCUUCGACCUAAAGGUCUGAUCCAUAAGGCAGUGGGGCAACAUCAAGAGAUGUAGUCCCAUGGUAGCCGGUGACCAACAGUAGGUUCAUACGCCAUUUGUUCCCUCAGGAUAGUGGAGCCCAUGUGUGCCAUUGGUUUGGAAUCAGGGUUUUCCAACUCCCCUAGGUGAAUCCUCAAUACCCACUGGCCCGGUUAAAGCGCCGGACAUUCGCUUUUUGUCUUCUCGAUUUCGUAAACAACACCCCACCGCGAGAAGGCAAUAAGUGGAACUUCCCUGGCAGUGGUUGUAUGCACGUGGUAAUGUGAGAGCAUUUCGAGAGGGAGGGCUGACUCUUCCUAUCCCCGUCGUACGAGGACACUUGCUGAGUUGUUCUCUAUUUUCGAAUUUGCUAGUGUGGUAAAUUGCAUUCUGGACCAAUAGUCAUUUUGUGUUACUCUCGUUUUUUAUCUCACAUUUAUCGUGUCAUUGGUUAGCCGAAGGUCGUCAGUACUGGAUAGACAAUGUAGAUAAGCUAAUGAGUACAUGAUUUGGAUCAAUACAACUGCUCUCCUCUCUUACGGUUCGGUCUCACAUGUCCAAAUAACUAAACAAGAAAAUCUGAUUAUUUUCAUCGAUACAGCGGUGUGAUAUAUAACACAUUUUUGUAUCAGAUGGCCACUGGUAACCUUUAGAAUAUCGCUCCUUCGAUUAAAACAUAUCGUUUAAACUGACCUAUAUGGUAAAUAAAAACCUACUGAAAGCAGUCACUCUGUCAGUCAUAAGUAACGUGGAACCUGGCUUUCUAUUUCUUACAUCGCCGAAGCAUUCACCUUACAUUUAAAGAAUCCUGAGCUAAAUAUGCAUCGAAACUUAUUUAACAUAUAUUAUCGUCCUAACCUAUAGUUUUCCAAAGCCAUCAGUUCCCCUUCUCAUACCUCCCGCAGUAGGUUAUUGCUGAUCGUAUCUGGUUAACGAUCACUGAGGAUCUUUGGUAGACUUUUUUGAUGAAAAGUACAAUUAUUUAUAAAUAACUGUCUACGCAAAAUAUUCAAUGUCCGUUGGUCGAACAUCAUCAGCGGCAGCCUACUGUCGGAGAGAACAAACCACCUUCAAAAUGAAGAGGAAAUUAGGAAAAGACUUUGGAGAUAGGUGGGACAUACACUGCGGAAACCAUCGAACUGGAUCACAUGAAAAGCCCUCACUUGGGGUCCUGAAGGUAAAAGGAAAGAAGGGAAACCGAGGAACACAUUGCGUUGGGAAUUAAAAACAGACAUCAAAAGAAUGAAUAGCAAUUGGAAACAACUGGAAAGAAUUGCUCAUGACAGAGUUCAGUGAAAAAUCCUGGUGGGCGGACUAUACUCUUCUACGUGAGGUAACAGGAGCAAGUAAGUAAGCAAGUACGUAAAGUCAUCUCUUGGUCAAACCAUGUAUGGAGUGGCAAAUAUCCUCCCAGCGUGGUCCGAGACAACUAUACGAGACUUUAUCGUGCUCUGAUCUUGGAGCGAUUGCUUGCCAUCGAGUGAAUAAUACUAAAGUCGGACGCAUUGUGCUAGAUGAAGAUGGUAAAUCAGUUGAUGAAAUUGGGAAUCUUCGUCGAUUGAAGUGAUUGGAGUAUACAUGACGUAUGCGUAGUCACUGCCUACAUUAGCGGGUGAUGUUCGCUGGUGUAAGAGUAGGUAAGGAAUAAUCUAGGUGAAACAAAACAUUAGGCGGCAUCAUGUAGGCAAGUGCAGACUACCUACUUGGGGUUCUCGUGAUUACUGUAAUCAGUGGUUAGAGGCUGAAUAACAUAGCUCAGAAUCGUUCCUAAUGUCUUAGAUGAAUUCAGUCUCUGUUUUAAAAUACUUUUAUGUUUUGUUUCACGAAUCCAUUCUUUUCUGAAUAUUAUCUAUACCUAGUGUUUUAUGCUAUCAUUGAUAUUGUCACUACUCCUACUACUGUGGGAUUUGUUUUGAUAAUUUCAUCUUGUGCUGAAGUAGUGUGGUAACUUAAGUCGAUCCACACGUGUCCCAGGUUCUACGUUGCUUAUGACUAAUUAACCCGAAACUAUUUGAGUUAGAGAAGUUGCAUUUACCUUUUAUCUUUGUCCAAAGCAUGAACAUAACAGUGCUUGCAAUAUCUGAACCAGUGUCCAUCUGAAUGUUAACAGGUGUUCCGUUAACCGAAAUCUCAGUACAUUUUCACUUUGCAACCAAAUUAACACUCGAAAUGUGCCUUAUACUGCCUAUCCUCCAUUGACUUUUGCGGGAAUCCGUGUUAAAGCUGAACUAUGAACAUGACCAGCACCAAUAGGACCUUGGUCACUCUUUUACCUAGAUUUUAAUGGGCCAUUGCAGGAAAAACAGUUCCUCAUUAUCAUCGAUUUAUUUUCAGAAUGAACAAAAGCUUUUAUGGUGAACACUCUUUUCACAAAUGCUACGGUAUGGAAACUUAUAUUGAUUGAUCGUUCUAGACUAUCACAUGCAAUAUUUCUGACAAUGGAACACUGUUUACCUCAAUCCAGUUCGAGGUUUUCUGUGUGGAAAACAAUGUCAAUCACUUCAGGUUCCCAUCAUACUACUGUCAAUUAAAUGGUCAGACAAGACGGGUUAUUGAUUCGAUAGAAAAGCAGUUCAGAAGGCAUAAGGGGAAGGAGCAGUAGAAGAAAUCGUACAGAAUUUACUGCUAAGCUGGCACUCAACACAGAUUCCCACAAUAGUGAGUGAGAAGUCCCCAGCAGAAAAUAUAUUUUAGCGGAAAAUCCGAAUGAUUUCUCAUAAAUUGGAAUUAUAACUGUAAAUGAUGCUGUUAACGCUAAAAGUUGUUAUCUUGAGAAAGCUUUCUUGGUGAAGAGUUUCCACAGUUUCAAAUCAGGGUGGUUAUAUGGCAUAGUAGAAAAAAACAGGCACAGUCAUACACUAAAUGAAAGUGAGUGAACCUAUGUGGAGGAGAUUUUCUAAUCACAUAAGAGAAGGGUGUAAAGACGACUCACUGAUGUGAACAGAAAAACAAGAAGCUAUGUGUUAUGUCCCGACAAGAAUAAUGAAUGGUAACUUUUGGGAUCCAUUUAUGGACCAAUACUAAACGUAUAUUUCUACUGUAUAAUUAUUAAGUAACUAAACUAUGCAUAUUCAUAUCCCUCUUAUUAUAAGCUUUAUUUUGACCCAUAAACUAUUAUUAUACGUUUUACCAUUCUUGAGUUAUACCCAGUAUAUUAAUUAAUACCUCCCUCAUUCACAGCCACAUCUGGCUAAUUCUUGUACAAAUGUUGUUUCAUAUUUUAUUGGUACGUUGUGGUCUGUUUGAUUGGUAUAUAAACCGAGUAUGUUUGAAAUACAUGAUUCAUAUCGCGGAGGCUCGGAUUGGUGUUCUGGACUUAACUGGCUGGGCUAGGCAGGAAGCAGGACCAAUCAGGGCUCUGGGCUGUUCAUACGGGUUUACGCAUCCUUGGUCCGAUCGAUAAUUCACUGCUCCCUAAUCGGCGGUCACAAGUUAUAACACUAUGAUAAACCACGGAUACUAUUUUGGGACGUUGUCAUUUAAUUCAAAGCCUGUAAAACACUGAAAUUUAUUAUCCCCCCAUAGUUUAUUCUACAGACCAUAAACUUUCGUUUGAUGUAUAAUUCACUGCCAUACCCAUUUUUCAUCCAAAAUUACUCUAGACUCCCAGCUUUGGACAUAAUUGUAUUUUCUUAACUGUUUGUUCGUUAUGGCCAUGUUAGUCAUCUAUUUAUUCAUGUACCUUUUUGUGAUAAUCUAAAUGGGAAUCGGUAAUAAAUCGAGUGGUGUUCCACUUGCCUCGUCUUCUUUCGUGCGCGCUUGUCAGCCAAUCAGGUGAUAGAAUGGUUUUUGUCUCUCUUCUCAAGGCAGUUAGUCUCACUUCGAUCGCACUCGAUUCUAGCCUCGAGGCUAAACCAGUCAGCCUAUCGUAUCAAAGUCUUAAUUUAGAUUAAGACAAGCUAUCUUCUGUAUAUUGGUGGGUAGAUAGAUCAAGGACGUAACACGCAGUUAAUCGCAGAUUGAGAAACCUUACUGAGAGAAGUACUAAUAGAAGAUCCAGUGAACAAAAAAGCUCGAAAAGUUUGAAUUACUACCACAAAACUAGCCCGGGAGAUCGCAUUAAUUACAAGAAGGACAUCUAACCUCCAAGUCAAUCCAUUUGAAGUAUCGUACUCAUACAUAUCCAGGUAAACCAGGGAAAGUGUUGGGAUUGGAUAAAAUGCUAGAUCUUAUUCAGUUUAAUAUUCCUCUUAAUUUAUUGUGAUAUUUAUCCAAUAUAACGUUCUCUUGUAUGAAUUUUGUUUAAAACCAGUUUGUAUAUUUCCCUUAUUUCACUUACGGAUGAUAUUCAUUAAGUAGUCAUCAAAUAC